UUAGGCUACAUUCCAUUAAUGGAUAAAAUAAUAAAGCCCCCAAUACAUAUAAAGCUGACUAAAGCCGGCUCUUUACCGAGAGACGCAAAAAGCAAAAGAAAACCAAUUCUAAAAGUCCUGUCCUUCUCUUAAAAAUGGAGCCCCAAAAUUCAAAAUAACCAACCCAUGAGAAACAAGCCAGGUCUCAUCUUCCUCGCAAAGCUUUGGAGUCCUAGCCGACACUAUCUCCACAAGCGUAGCAGACAGCCAUCACUAGAACCCAAACUAGAGAAAUCCUCAUACCAAUAGAUAAAAGGCAAACCGAUGCUCAGGCGAGGCUACAGAACCAGAUCUCCAACAUCAACGACGGCAUCGGCUAUCUCUUUUGCCUCAACAGGGACUAAUCUUAGUCAAGUUAGGAGCAAUAUGGUAGAGCUCUUCAGCAUCAGCUAUCAAGGACGAGAGGCUAACCAGUAGCAAGAGAGAGAGCCCACAGAGAUGCCAUCCCCACGAAAAUGAACCUCCUAACACAGAGCCUAAACUCAGCAAAUGAAACGGCUACCCAAAGGACAGACCCACCACCGCUGCACAAGAUAUCUAUAAACAUCGCAGGUUCCUCAAAAGACCCUCUACUUAUCAACAAGACCGGCAUACAACAAACGAAAAACACAAAAGAGUAUAUACAACCCACCCAGAGGAGGGGAGGGCGACCCACAUCCAAGCAGGGAAAAGGAGAGCCGUCCCUUGCCCCUGCAACCGACGAAGAUCCCGACAAAAAACGAGACCGAGAUCCCAAAGACAAGUCUACUCGAAAGAAAAUUCGCUCCCUAAACUGUUAGAGAGAGAACCUUGUAAAGGUGCGCAAUAACUGCAGAAUAAACGACGUCGUUUCAAUUGCGCGGCUUAAUGAUGAAGGCCCAUAUGUGCCGGCGUCUUUGGUUCAAUCUCGCAAUUUUGUAGUUCUUCAUCAUAAACCCCAGAAGCCCCGACGCCAAAACCCCAAAAGCGUUGAUAGCCGGAGAGCGAGGAAUGGGAAAAGCUGAGAAAGAGAGACUGAAUCAAACUCUUAAUUCACACCUCAACACCAUUCAUGAGACCCUCCAGUUGUUGGAUCAGACACCAGCUUCAUCACUGGAUAAAGUGAGCUGGGAAGAAGUUGUGAAAACGGGUGACCAAGUCUCCAAGCAAGCUACUAUUGUUGGAAUGCUUUGGACUGGGGAAAAACCGGAAUUGAAGGCUGUUGAGGAGAACAUGGCAGCAUACUUCAACACACUGCAGGGUUUCCUUUUGCUUUCUCAUGGAAGUACAGUGGGCGCUGGGCCUACUCUUUCUUCCUGUAUCCAUGCUUCUGUCAAACAAGUAGUUGAUUGUAGCUUUAAGUUGAUGAUGGAAACUGUGUCUUCAUAUGGAUCUCACAAUAAAGACUUAAAACUUGAAGUCCCUCGGUUAGUUGGUUCAGUAUGGGAAGCAUGUUCUGCUCUUAAGAAGACUCCUGCCACAAAUAUCACUGCAAUUGGGCGAGCAAUGACACAAGUUGCAGUUUCAGUGAAGGAUGUUCUUCGUGAGCUGAAGGAGCUCAAACCAACUUCCUCCAACCUGAAGGAUGAGGCUUGUGAUGAUGGUGCUCCUACAGCAGAAAGUGGCGUCCAAGAUGAUGAUAAUUCAAGUGAUGGCGAGCUAGGCAAUGACUUGUCACCUGAAGAGAUGAAAAUUGCUCAAUCAGCAAUUGGGGUUGUGUCUGAGACAACAGUUGUCAUAAGGGAACUUAUCCGUACAAUCACAGGUAUGCUGAAGCAGGAAAAGCCUGAUGAUGGUAGCAGUUUCGUGGAUUCCUUGGAGAAGUUAUUAAAGCUGUGUCAAGAAAUCGGUGUGCAGAUUGAUGAGCUUGGAGCAUGUCUUUAUCCUCCACAAGAAGUUAUCGCUGUAAAGGCUGCUUUGGAAGAAAUAUCCCGUAUCAUCAGUGAAAUGUUGGCGGUGGUAGAAAGUUUCAAAACCUUUUCAGCAACUUUCUUACAAGCAUGCAUUGGUUUGAGGAGUUCAAUAACACACAUGGAAUCUGAACUAGACAACUCCUGUACAACUGAUAUAGCAGCCAAAAUGCAGAAUGUUGCCGUCAGCGAUUAGAAAGAGAGAGAGAGAGGUGAUGGGUGCUGAUCCUUGGUUGUCAUUAAGCAUUUACGCUGCCCCAAGGAGCAGUAACCUUCUUGCUUUUUAAUUAAACCCCCACCUUUCAAAUUAGUAUUAAUUUUAAUUAUCCUCAUUGAUCACAACAAA